GUGUUGCCUCGAGACAACUUCAUCGUCCCACCUGAAGAAGCUGGUGGAAGUGCGGAAGCUCGAGACGGUAAGCAGGCUGCAGUGGUUCGACUUUGGAAGAAUCAGCAUCUUCCACCUCAUCGCUUCCGACUGUGGAAAAGACUGUUACGCCGAGUUAUCAUUCUCAUCGUCGGAAUACUAGUGACACAUCGCAUAUCAUCCGCAGCGCUUUCAAGCCUUACAGUCAGUGGAAAGGUACAGCAACCCUCACUUGUAAUCAAGACAUCGCUGUCAAGCUCAGGACUAGACAAUGUCUCGGAAAAGAACACGGAGGAUGACAGCGAGCAGGACGAACAGCGGAUGGUUGCCAGAAGACGCUUCAGUUAUGAAAAUAUUGACGGUGUAGGUGAUGAUGCAAGCAGCGAUAGCCGCGGCAGAACUGAUCACGAUAGUACUGACGAUAUCAGCAAG